AUGGGCUGUACAGCCUCAAAACCUGUUAACAUAGUGUCCAAAAACCCAGAGGACUUCUCCAAUUCUUCACCACCAGUUCCCAGAACUCUCUCUCUGCCAAUGUCUCUUGUCCAUCACCCUCCAACCAAAAAGGGUGAUACCCACCACCUUGUCUCCCUCACAUCCACCACCUAUGGUUCCCUUAUCCUGAUUGAACCCUCUGACCAAAAAGACCCCAACUUUAACUGUCAUGAAUGUCCCCCCAAUCUCACCAAAAGAGUGAACCAAACAGAGUUAGAUCAGUCAUUGUCCCCAGACUCUGUCAUCAACACUUGGGAACUCAUGGAUGGCCUUGAAGAUGAAGAUGAAGAUGAUGAUCAAAAGUCCAUUUUUGACGACACCCCCAUGGAUGCUUCAAAAAAGCCAAGUUCAUGUACUGUCUUGGAGGAGAAUUAUUCUUCCCCAUCAUCAUCAUUACCCAAGAAGCCACUUUGGCAGCAUUUAUCUGAGGAAACUCUGCUUGCUAAAUUGGACCCAAAUGUGGCUUGGAGUUACCUGCGAGCAUUGUCAUCAAGGAAACUCGGUAACAAAGGUGUAAGGUCAAUGGGAUCUUCUAGCCCUUUGAGUUGUUCUUCAUUUUCUAUCAAUGAGGAUAAAAUAGUGGUUUAUUUUACAAGUUUGCGAGGUAUCCGCAAGACUUAUGAAGAUUGUUGUUCGGUUAGGAUGAUAUUGAGGGGAUACAGAGUUGCAGUAGAUGAAAAGGACAUCUCCAUGGACUCAUCCUAUAGGAAGGAGUUGCAGAAUGCAAUUGGAGGCAAAACAGUGACCUUGCCAAUGGUCUUCAUAAGAGGAAAGUAUGUGGGAAAUGCAGAAGAAAUCAAGCUGCUAAAUGAAUCUGGAGAAUUGGCAAAUCUCUUGAAAGGUUUUCCCAUUUUGGAUCAUGGUUUUGUGUGUGAGACCUGUGGAGAUGCCAGGUUUGUUCCUUGCUCAAAUUGCAAUGGUAGCAGGAAGGUGUUUGAGGGGGAACAAGGGGAAUUGAGAAGGUGCCAAGAUUGUAAUGAGAAUGGUUUGAUAAGAUGUCCAGCUUGCUGCUCAUGA